UGAAACACAGAAUUGCAAAUGAACGAGCGCAUUGAUACUCUCUCUCUUCUCAUAUUCAAACCCUAAAUACCCACUAAACCCCUAAACCAUUGUUGAUACUCUCUCUCUCUCUCCUCACAUUCAAACCCUAAAUACCCACUAAACCCCUAACCCAUUGUUGUAAAACCCGCCCGCAAAUCCCAUGAACCAUGCUUCCAAGGCCCUCAAAUUCCUUCAACUCAGUAAAAUCCACACAUGGGCCGAAUCAGAUCGACCAAGUGAAACCCUAAAGAGAAGAAUUGCAGAGAUCAAUAAGAAGAAGCUAUUGUUGAGAGAGAAAAAGAAUGAAUUUAUUGUUUAUGUUCCUGAAUCCUCCGCCUAUCUUGACACUGCAACCAUGCCAAUGGUCCUCGUUGCCGUUGGUUUUGCUCUCUUGGCUAAGAUUCUAAUGAUGAUUGAUGAGAGCAGAUCCCAAGAGCGGAUUGAGAGAAAAAUUCAAAACGCUCCUCCAGGCACAGGAAUGGUGAGGAUGCUUACUCGGGAAGAGUGGGACAAGAUCCAGGAGAUAAGGCCAAGGACUCCUUUUGAAUCCAAGCUUGCUCGACCAAAUGCACGCAUAAGGACUGGAGAGCGAGUGCAUAUGGAAGAUGUCAAGGAUUGGACUGUUGAUGUGCUUACAGAUGCACUUACAAGAAUUGAAGAAAGUGUCCGGCACUAAACAUGUAGGUGACUGGUUUCGGGAUUGAGAUGUAUCGUUGUCCAAUUUUGUAAAUGGUUUAGUUUACUGCAUAACAAUAUUAUCCUUUAUUGUAGCAAAAUAUUACUAAAGGAAAAAGAUAAUAGUGUUUUCCUGACUUUUAAA